AUGGUGCACGUUCUGCAUCAAAGCAAGGAUGAAAUGCCUUUCUGGCUUUCAGUCUCCUACGAGUUCCUCUUGGAGACCCAGCGAUGCCAAGCUGCGAUUACUACCCAGGCCACAAAGGCAAAGGCAGCAAAGCUCGCAUCCUUGAAUCGUCUCCAGCGAUCUAUUGUAUCAGACCGCGUCGCACCGGUCGCGAAAGACUCCACAGUCAGAGUGUCAAAGUUCCUGUCGAGAACACUUCAAGUCGUCAGAACCUUUAUCCAAGCCAACCUUACGACAUGCCAAGGCUGGAAGGAGCGUGCUCGCGUGAUUCGAAAGAUGCUGGACUUCUGGUGGCGAACUCACAACCUUACCACCGAAAACCUUUUUGAGGAAGCACGAUUCCAAGCGCAUCUGGCGCAUGGUGUUGAGUCUGUUCAAGCACUCCUUUCGCCUACUACGGAAGCCCUCAGCAAGCAACUCGCCGAUCGUUAUCUCCAGACCGUUGACGAAGACUUCACAACUGGUUUCCGUCUGACAACUGGCUUGAGCAUGGAAGUCAUGUGGAAGCAGAUCAAACCCCUACCCAUCAUGAGCGAAGAAACACUCGCCAAGAGCCAGGAGAUCGAGCAGCUUGGCAAACGUCUUGACGAGCUCAAGUGGAAGGUCAAGACAUCCAUUACCGACCUAGCCAGAGCCAUGACAACUCUCGUCAAAGCCGACGAAAUUGUACGAAGUACGGACUCUGACGUUACCGAGCUUAUUCAUGAUCUCACCAAGGAAAUCGAGCUUUUGGAAUCUAAGGUCGGUUCAGAGUCCAGCGAGGUCAAGCCGUUCUUUGCAGCGGAAUUCGAGACUCUUAGACAGGCCUCCCUGUUAAGAUCUCAAGCCAUUGAGUAUUUCGAAGGUCUCCCAUACAGCGCCAAUGAGACGGACCUUUUGGUCUUGUCGAACCAGCAGACCAUAGACCAGAUUCGCCUUGGCAGUUUCGGGGCCAAGGAAGCCCGUUCCUUGACCAUCGGCCUGCUCGCUUCCCAUGAUCCUGCUACUCAUGUUUGGAACGGCAAGUUCGCCACGUCUCUCUUGUCAAGACUCAACUCUCUUCAUGCAACGAGUCUGCGCUCACUCGGACUCCUUGAGACUGAAUUGCCUGCCAUGGGUCGUUCUGUUGCGGCUCUGGCGCCGGCGUUCCAGAAAAACCAAGUCGUGGCCCUCAAUGCGGUUCUCAAGAAGCUUAUCACAACUGCAUUUUCUGUCCAUGGCAACGAGCAAGAGGAGCCUGUUCGUGCAAUCUACGACAGGGUCAUUCACGGUUUUGAAGGCACCGAGGUCGCGCCUCUGAUGAUACAUCAGCUAGCCGCCCAGUUCGAAGGCAGCAUCCCCAGCGACUGGCCAGCGCAUCUUCACCAGAUCGCCAAGCGGCACUUGAUUCCUGCCACGGUGGCCCUUGCUGUGUCCGACAAGAUUGCAGGCAGCAGUCAACACAAUGGAGAAGCCAGCGCCCGCGCCGUUGCUGCUUGCUCUGCAGUCGCCUGGGUUGAGUUCUCGAUCGGCACGAUCAAGCUGUACGUGCCGGACAAGUCUUUCGACCCGCAAUUGCGGCCGCAGUUCGAAAAGGACGUUCACGACGAGCUGACAAAGGGACUUGGGCACAAACUGUCGUCGCUCUUGGACUUUGAGACUCGCUUCACAGGUCAAAAUACGUCUCUUCGCAUACAACUUGUGCAAGAAGAUAUUGAAGCACUCGGCCCUGCACCAGCACCAACACAGCUGCUUUACAGACCCGCUCGAUCAGAACUCACCAACGUCCAGACAUCCUUUAAUAACGUCCUGGCUACCGUAAUUGGACAAGAGCUGUCAGCCCAUCACACAGCAUUUGCCCUAGCAGGUUCUCUUGAUGCUGUACAGGUCAUCAACCUCGUCAAGCAGAACUUGGCUCAUAUGGUUGACCGCCUGGCAAACCGUGACCACCGGGCAAACCAUCUCGAUGCCUACCAAGAUAUGACACGGCCUCUUGUCAACAUUCUUGGCUGUCUCCAACUUGGUCUGUCGUUGAGCGACGGGCUCGAAUCCAUUGAACAUCAUGCUGCAGACCAGACUCUCAUGGACUUGACGCCCUUCAUUGGCGGCAACCCCGAGCACCAUAUCCUCAAGAAGUUCCCGAACAGGUGCUUAGAGUUCCUCGACUAUAUUGGCCUGAUCGCAUCUGUUGAGGGAUUGACAAACUUGAACGCCAGUGUCCGCGAAGCAUUGUUCGAAUGCGUCCACAGAUUCUUCCAGGAAUGGACCAAGAGGCUUGAGGACGACCGCAAAGCUGAAGAGGCUCGAACGAAUCUCUAUCGUUUCAAGGGAAGUUUUGAAGAUGAGGAAGAGAUGGACGAGCAAGAAUUCAACGAGCUCUUCCCCACGUACGACGAGGAGCAGGAAGAGAAGCCCGCCAUCGGACGUCAGAAGGUUCGAGACGUGUCUGUGAAAUUGGCGGAGUCCCAUCGCAAGGUCUUCCUGGAGCAGCCGACACCGUCCGAGGCACUUCAAGAAGUUUGCAAGAAGGUUGGCAAGGGCAUUGCACAGGAGCUCACACAGAAAUCUGCGGUUCACCAGGGCAUGAACAGCCGAAUGCUUCCCCUUGCACUUUGGUCGGUGGAUGAGCAAAUGACAAUGCUCAACGCGAGUACCGUCAGCACAACUUAUAACUUCUACACCGACUCAAACCUCUCUGAGGUUCGCCGUCUGAUUCCACUUGUUGACAAGGUGGAGGCUCGCUUCCGUGACUUGCAACAGGUGGACGAGAUCGGCCACAUGCAGCCUUUGGCAGAUGUGCGAGCUGCUUGCGAGCAGCUCCUCGACCUCACCCACACCGAGCCCCUGGCCAAGAUUUUGCCCAAGCUGGAGCAUCUCCACGGCAUUGUCUAUGAGUGGCAGCACGGAGGCUACGCUCCGGCCAUCUAUGGAGCGCCUGCCCUUUACACGUCUCUGACAGAUACCAUCAUUAGCUGGCGACGCCUGGAACUUUCGACCUGGGCCAAGCUUUUCGACAUGGAGGCUCAAAAAUGCUCGGAGGAUGCCGACUCGUGGUUCUUCGUCGCUUAUCAGGUUCUUAUCGCCGUACCUCUGUCCCUCGUUGACUCCACCGAGCUGAAGGACUAUGCAGUCAACCUGGUGAGGGAGCUCGAGACAUACUUCUCCACUGCAAUCAUCGGCCAGUUCUCUGCCCGCCUCAGGCUUCUGAGACAGUUGCAGAAGCACCUGCAGCUACUCACCGUUGACUAUCCCUCCUUGGCUGUUGUCUCCGACGCAGCACUGAACUUCAUCGACUUCCACUCUCGUUUUGAGAAGGUCGCUAAGGAGGCAAUUGCUAAGGGGAGGGCGCCAUUCGAGAAGACCAUGAAGGAAGUUGUCCUGCUGGCUAGCUGGAAGGAUACCAACAUCAACGCUUUGCGUGAGAGUGCGCGCAAGUCUCACUUGAAACUUUUCAGACUUGUUCGGAAAUUCCGCGCUGUUCUUGGCCAGCCGAUGAAGCCAAUCUUGGAGCAAGGCAUCCCUGAUGAAGAGGUUCCCAUCGUCCAGAACACAGAUGCGGGAGACAAGGCCGAUAUCAAGGUGGACUCCAAAGCCAUCUUGGCUUGCAACAAGGCCUUGCCUGGCUGGUUGGCCCAACACAAGCGUCUGUCAAACUCUUCAAAGACGCUUUCCAUCAUGGCCAAUGUUGCUUCCAAAGCAAAUCAGAACUCCCUCAAUGCCACCCAGGAAAUUCUCUCGUACGUUGAAGAACUCAAAGCCUCCAUUGCGGAACUGCGUAAAGAGACUCCCGGCACCUUGACCCCUGAGAACAAGGACCAAGUUAAGCACCUCAAGACGCGCAAGCGCAACCUCUUUGCGGACGUCCUGAAGAUGAUGAGGCAGAUGGGCUUCCGCUACAAUCUCGGAACUGAGGAGUUGACCAAGCAAGAGUCCCUCGCAGUCGUCCUGGCAAGUAUGCCCGCCUCUCAUAUCGACAACAGCAUCAACGACGCCGCCGAGUACUACUUCCACAAGGUUGUCGAUAUCGCGCCCAAGGUCAGAGCCUCUAUCCACGAAUACUCGGAGGAACUCACCGGGGCCGAGAUGUCUCGAAGCACUGGAUUCAUGGAGGGCAUGUUGGCUGUAGUUUUGGGCCAGCACAGCUCUUUGUCUGCUGCUCGCGAGGCCAUUGCCUCUCUCGACCAAGUCAUCGCCUCAGUACAGAGCUUGAGCAAUACGACCAUCGGGCGCAACACCAACGGCGGCCGGCCGAGCAUCACCGUGAACUGGAUGAAACCAAUCUUGGACUUCGGGAUCAAGAUUGUGGACAUUCACGGCAAGUUAGCUUCAGUCGACAACGGAAAUGUGUUGAGCCACCUGCAGAGCACCUUGCAGGAAGUCGAUGAUUUGUCGAAGCAAUGGUCCUCUCUGGGUUCGAUUCCUGACAGAUUCACAACCGAACAGCACGACGUCCUGCAGAAGCGCUCCUUGCUCGCAGAAGAGAAUUUCAAGACUUUGCUCCCUGGUCUUGGCCGCUCGGAUCUUGACUUUGUUCUGAAGCAAAUUACGAGCUGGUUCAGCAUGGGGAUUGCGCAGGGCGAUCGCGAGUUUCACGAUUCUGACAGUACCGGCCAGCAUUUCAAGAAUUCGAUUUCCAGUCUUUGCGACACCGUUCUUGUCGCGGUCCAAGAGUACAAGAAGGCUAUGGCCGACCUGCCAAGUUCAGCUGAAGAUUCGGGCUGGCUAGCAAAGACCUCUGCUGUCCGCAACUCCGGUCUUAACGCUCUCUACAUCAAUGCGAUCGUGAGCAAGGUCAAGGCUUGUCUCUCCGCCUUGGGGAGUGUUGACCUGGAACAACCCAGUAUGGGCGCAAUUACUUCGUCUCUCUUUUCCAUUAUCCUUCCUAUCCUCCAGCAAUAUGCUCUCACCUGCCGCCGAAGCUUCUCUCAGCUGUAUAGCUUGCAUGCUGCAACUGGUCACAUGACCUAUCAGCUGGCGCGAACUUUUGUUCAGCUUGCUGCCAAGGGCUUCUGCUCUCCGCAAGAGAAGCCGGGCGAAGAAUCUGGGGAAUCUGGAAAACUCGAGUCCGGAACUGGUCUGGGAGACGGCGAUGGAGCAGAGGAUAUCAGCAAAGAUAUCCAGCCUGACGAGGACCUAUCCGAACUUGCCCAGGAGCCGAACAAGGAGAAAGACGGCAAGAUGGAAGACGAAAAGGACGCGGUCGACAUGGCGGAUGAGGAGCUUGAGGGAGAGAUGGGUAGUGUGGGUGGUGGAGAUGACGAGGAAGACAAGUCAGACGGAGAAGGCGAAGAUGGCAAGGAGGAGAACGAGAUGGACGAAGAAGUUGGCGAUGUUGAUGACCUCGAUCCCACAGCCGUUGACGAAAAGAUGUGGGACGGAGACAACGAAGAGGCAGAGAAGGACCAGCAGGGCGACAAGGCCAAGGGGCAGAAGAAGGACGAGCAGAUGGCCGCCGAUGCCGACGCCAACGCUGAAGACAACAAGGCAGAGGAUGACGAGCAACAGGUUGACCAAGGAGAUGAGGAGAUGGAGGAGGAAGAGCCCGGCCCGGAGCAAGAAGACGCGAAGUUUGAGGACGAUCAGGUCAAGCAAGAUCAAAACGUGGAGGAGAAUGACGCCCUAGCGAUGCCUGACGAGAUGGACUUCGACUUCGACGAGGAGGGAGAGGACGCGGAUUCCGAGGACGAUGAGCUUGACAAACUGUCAGACAUCGGAAAGGAAGAGCCUCAACAACAGCACGAAUCCGACGUAGAGGACGGAGAGGAUGAGACGCAGCGACCCGACGAGAAGGGUCCUGAAGAAGACGGAGAGGAAGAAAAGGAGGAGGAUGCGCCUGAAGAAGACCUGGCGGGUGAACCAGAAAUCGACAUGGAGCCCAAGGCAGAGGAGGAAGAACAGCCUAAUCAGCCCGAGGAGCCUGACAACCGCAUGGAACCCCUUCGGGAUGACUCCAACGCGGACGCAAACGCUGCGCCGAGCGAUGUCAAGGGUGGCGGUCAAGAUCAAGACGCCGAGGAUAUGGACGUUGAGAACGACUUCAAUACGAACGCUGCUCAGAGGGACGAUGGAGACGCAGGAGAUGGGUCUACGGAGCAGCAAACCAGUGCCGGAAAGAAGGGCCAACUGUCUCGGUCCGACGACCAAGCGCAACCUACCGACCAGGACCAGGAUGAUAUGCCUGAGAACAGCAGACAGGAUCCCUUCAAGAAGCUCGGUGAUGCCCUCGAGCGUUGGCACCGUCAGCAAAACGACAUUAAGGACCCCGAGAAGCAGCAGGAAGAGGGCGAGCAAAAGCAGUCGCAGGACGUCGAUGCAGAGCUUGGCGCCCGCGAGUUCCAGCAUCUCCAGGACGACGAGACUGCGGCCGAUGCCCAGGCUAUGGGCAACGCCUCCGAAGACCAGGUGCAGCCUAUUGACGAGGCGAUGGCCAUUGACGAAGAGAAAGAAGACCCCCAGAGCCGCGUGAUGCCCGACGCCGAGGAUGUGGAGAUGGAUCAGGAUCCCGACAAGAUGGACACCACGGAGGCCCCGGAAGCCCAGGAGAAAGACACUGGCGCCGACAAGGACGAUGGUCGGUCGGGUGUCAAGACGCGCCAGGGCGCCUUCGACCGUGAGGUAUCGCCCUCGGAGGACGAGGUCCAACGAGCCGAAGAGGAAUCGGAUGAGGAGCAAGUCAUUGAGGAAACCUCCACGCAGCUCUCCACGACACAUAUCAGCGACGAGCAGCUGCCCCUCCGCGACUUCUCCGAAUCUCUGCAGUCCUGGACGGGCUUCCAGUCCAAGACGCACCCGCUGUCGCUUUCCCUCACCUCCCAGCUCCGCCUGAUCCUCACCCCGUCGCAAUCUACCAAGCUCUCAGGCUCCUACCGCACGGGCAAGCGCCUCAACAUCAAGAAGAUCAUCCCCUACAUCGCCUCCAGCUACAAGCGCGAUAAGAUCUGGAUGCGUCGCGCCAUCCCCACGAAGCGCAGCUACCAGAUCCUCCUCUGCGUCGACGACUCCCGCAGCAUGGGCGAGUCGAGCUCCGGCACGCUCGCCCUCGAGUCCCUCGUCAUGGUCUCGCGCGCGCUGACGAUGCUCGAGGUCGGCCAGGUCGGCGUCCUCGGCUUCGGCGCAGACACAUUUAUGGCGCACGACUUCACCGAGCCGUUCGCCUCCCACGACGCGGGGGCCAAGGUCCUGCAGCACUUCAACUUCCAGCAGGACCGCACCGACAUUGCGCUGCUGGUGCGCCGGACCAUCGACCACUUCCGCGCCGCGCGCAUGCAGAACCCGGCCCGCGGCGCCGAGGACCUGUGGCAGCUCGCGCUGAUCCUGUCAGACGGCCUGACCCCGUCGUCGCAGCACGAGCCCAUCCGCCGGCUGCUCCGCGAGGCCAUGGAGGAGCGCAUCAUGGUCGUCUUCAUCGUCAUGGACGACACGGGCAACAAGAAGGGCGACAGCGUGCUGGACCUCAAGGAGGCAAAGUUUGUCAAGGACGAGAGCGGCAAAAGUCGCGUCGUCAUCGAGAGGUAUCUCGAUACCUUCCCCUUCCAGUACUACCUCAUCGUGCACAACCUCGAGGACUUGCCCGGCGCGCUGGCUGGGCUGUUGAGGACCUGGUUCGCCGAGGUCAACUCGUAA